AUGACCAGCGACCCUCUCCGCCCGGGCCUCCAUCCGCUGUCGCAUCUCAAAGCUGGCCCAACGACCUCCAGCUCGAAGUCGACGGCUGUGCCUUCGUCUCCAACUCUGCAGACUUUUGCCCAAACUCCGACGCGCCCGCAGCCAGUCAAACAUGCCAGUCGAGAGGAUCCAGUUAAUGCGACGAGCGACAAGGCGACCAUUGCUCUAAUUCGACGCGUCCUAUGUCCUCAAGCUGGUAACCAUGGGGGUGCCACUACUCCUCAGCCUCCGGAAGAUCUGUUGCCUCCACUUACGAGCUCGAAUGAGGUAGAUCGCCAGCUCUAUGCGCUUAUUGCCAUCAUCGUCAAGGAGUUUGUGUACACUUGGUACUCAAAGAUCACAUCGGAUCAGGUGCUCGUGAGCGAACUCCUUCAGGUCAUUGCACACUGCACCCGCGCUCUUGAGCAGAGGUUGCGCGAGACCGAUGUUGCGCAGCUUUUUCUUGAUGAGAUUCCUGCUCUCGUUGAGAAGCACAUUACAUACGCUCAAGCUGUUGCGCAGCAAAGAGAAAAUGAAUCAAUCUAUCGACAACUAUUGGUUCACGGCAUGUUAGCGGUGCUACUUCCCACGGAGGACCUGGAAAAUGCUUCUCUGCGGACUCUGCUCGGCGACAUCCUGGCAGAUCUUGUGCUGGGCAACGCAGUGGCCGGGAAAAUCAGCGAGGGAUGGUUCUUGUGGGACAGUAUCACGAAGGUGGUGGACAGGGUAGGGCGCAAUGAACAGGAGGAGGAUGCAGUAACUGCAACGAUGCGGCAGCGAUCCAGACUUCACAAGUACGGUCUCCUCUCUCAAGAAGCGUUCACGGAUGGUCAUUCGUCGUCCCAAGUCCAGGUGCCAGUUCCCGACUGGAUCUGGCAAGCGCUACAAUAUGCCUACUUGAUCUACGUGACUUUACGUUUCAUUGUGAUCGGCCUGUUUCGCGUUGCAUCCGCUCCUCCGGUUACUGCGUCCCUGACACCAUGCCCUCCAACCAGCGACGCGGACGGACCCCCCUCGUACGCAACCCCCAAGAAGCGCCCGGUGCUGGACUACCGAUUGUAUGGCAUGGUCUCGCAAGUGAUGGAUGUGCCGCAGCGGAUGCCUUGGCUGUGUGGAAUGCUCGCACUGAUCCAAUAUCUGAUCCUGGCCGGUCCAGGUAGAUUGGGUGAUACAGAUAGUGUUCUUGAUAGAAGCGUGGUCGAGAAGCAAGCCAUUGGAGUAAAGACGGCGGGCCAGCAGGAGUAUGCAGGUGGGAUGCGCAUUGCGCGCAUGCUGCAACGAUCACUUGAUCGCCUGGUGGAUGGCAGCCCCCGCCCGCCCUCGUCCUCUCGACUCUCAUUCGUCCAGCCCCUGUCAAACAAUGAUCGCGGCAUCGAUCGCACAAAGAUUCAGAGGGUGGGAACUGCAACGAAAAAAGCAAUUUUCGCACUACCGGCUAGUCGACCACCUCCUUCGAAGUUAAAUCGAGCGAAGACCGCCUAUCCCUGCCCCUGGAAAUGGGUGCGCUUAUGCUCUCAGUCCGCGACCUUGUCGUCAUCUUCACCACUGGUAGCAUCUCCAUUCGCACCAAUGGCUGGCCCAAGCUCCUGUACUGCCCCCCUAGCCAAGCAGAUCCCUCUUCUAGUGCUACUGGACUUGCUCACUUUAUCGGAGUUCCUUCACGAGACCAUCCGCGAUCAUGUCCUUACCCCCGCCCUGUUUCCAAACCUGCUUCUUGCGACUAGGGCCGCGCUCUUCCCUUUGAACGCCCGGCCAGCGUCCGCAGCGGCAGAUGGUCGCGCCGCGGCCUCGGCGCCGCAGCUGUCCGUGCAGCCUCCAGCAUCUCCUAUAGUGAAAGGGUCUGUUAACGAUGCCGCUGGCGCAAGUGACGCUUGCAGUAGCGUUUCCUCGUCUGGUGUCUCCGCGACAGCGCCCUUAUCGCCGGAUCCGCGGCCUUCCACGCCCGACGUCGCUUCUAUCAAGCGACGCUGUGCGGCCAGCAUUCUCUCCCGGCUUCCUCGCCCAAUCGCACGUCGUUUCUUCGGUGUCCCGUCUGUUCCUAUCGAGCACAACCCGCCGUCCCGACGCCCAGGGCGACUGAAUAGCUCCGACGAGCCUGAAUCGCCCUGGCUCGACUCUUCCCAAGCGUCAUCCACGGUCUCACCCGCAGAUUGCGGCCACGAGGAGUCACUCCUACUCGCUGCCGUUGAGGAGGUUCUCGACCUCUUUGCCGAUGAUUAUUGCAACAAGCAUUUAAUAUAUUCCAUCAUAGAAGCCAUUCUCACAAAGCUCCUUCCGGAGUUGUCUGAGCGCAGCAUCGCCGAGCUAAUGGAGGACAGGGGGGUACCCCUGGCAUCUAACUUGACUCCGCCUACCCAUGCGGGCUCAUAGACGGCGUACAGUGUACGCGGAGCGCUACAUCGAGAUAUUCCCUUCCCCUAGGAUAGUAAUGUUAAUGAUACCAAUAUCGC